AGCAUGAGAUUAGUGGUCCAUAUUAAAGGUUGCAGUAUUAACCUUUUAUUGACUCAGAGAAAUUUCCAACAGUUGGUUUAUAAGAACACGUUUCCAUACUCACCAUCCUUCCAUCAGUACAAGUUUCAUUCUAAACUUCGAAAAAGGUGAUACAGAGAAGUUUUCGGGAUUUGAUCAAUGGCUUCCCGUGGAGUACUAAUCUCUGCUAUCAGAAGGGCAAUCUUGUUGCUGGCUCUUGUUGUGUUUCUCGGGUAUAUUAUGAUGUGGAUCAUCAUACCAACAAGAACUUAUGUAAGCAAAUGGUGGCCUCACAUUUAUGCUCAUACAAAUUUCACUUUCUUUGGAUAUCAAGGUACAUAUAUGCUAGAAUUCACAUUCCCCAUCUUGUUCAUCUCUGUGAUCGGAUGCUUAUAUCUACAUUUGGGGAAGAAGAAGGCUGCAGGAAGCAGUAUAAUGGAUAACAAGAUGAGGUUCAUGAGGAGGCCCAUGAUUGUCAAGGGGCUUGGGAUCGUCAACCUCACAGAGCUUUCCUUGUUCAUCAUGUUCAUUGCUCUCUGUGUCUGGUAUUUUUCGGUGUACCUCCGCAAUUGGGAUAAAAAAGUUCCCACACUCUCCAAGACCCAAGGUGAAAAAGAGUGGCAAACAUGGCUGGAUGGAGUGGGACUAUUCACGGGGUUGACGGGGAAUUUGUGCUUAACAUUUCUAUUCUAUCCAGUGACAAGAGGCUCAUCCCUUCUGCCCCUGAUAGGGCUGACAUCGGAAGCCAGCACCAAAUACCACAUCUGGAUUGGAAACAUGGCCAUGGCACUCUUCACUGCACACGGACUUAUUUACUUUCUCUAUUGGGCCCUCACCAACAAAUUAUCUGAGAUUCUGAAAUGGGAUCAACAUUCCGUAGCAAAUAUACCAGGAGAGAUAUCUUUGCUAUGUGGAUUGGCAUUAUGGAUCACAACUUACCCUACCAUCAGAAGAAAGAUGUUUGAGCUCUUCUUUUACACUCACUAUCUCUACAUUCUCUUCAUCAUUUUCUUCGUCCUGCACACAAGCAUUGGCCUCGCCAGUAUUAUGCUCCCCGGUAUCUAUCUUUUCAUCAUCGACAGAUAUCUAAGGUUUCUACAAUCCAGGCAGAGAGUUCGACUACUCUCUGCACGCGUCCUACCAUGCGACACUCUUGAACUGAACUUCUCUAAGAGUCGAGGGCUAAAAUACAGUCCUACAAGUAUUAUGUUUAUAAACGUUCCCACGAUUUCCAAGCUGCAAUGGCAUCCUUUCACCGUUACCUCUAGCAGUAACUUAGAACCAGAGAGGCUGAGUGUUCUGAUCAAAUCUGCUGGCAGUUGGACUAAGAACCUCUAUGAUGCCAUUUCAUCACCUUCGUCAGUCGAUCACCUUCAAGUUUCUGUUGAAGGACCCUAUGGUCCAGCAUCAACUAAUUUCCUUAGGCACGACGUAUUGGUGAUGAUCAGUGGAGGGAGUGGCAUAGCUCCCUUCAUUUCAAUAAUCAGAGAGCUUAUGUUCAUCAACUCUACACUGAAGUGCAAAACUCCAAAGAUGAUGCUUGUUAGCGUCUUCAAGAACUCUUGUCAUCUCUCCAUGUUAGACCUUAUCCUCCCCAUUUCAGGCGCUCCUUCAAAAUUGGAGCUCCAAAUAGAGGCCUACAUCACAAGGGAAAAGGGGUAUCCGAUGGACAUGGGGAAGACGCAGACCGUGCUCUUCAAACCAAACCCAUCCAAUGCACCCAUAUCUCCCACAUUAGGCCCCAACAGUUGGCUAUGGCUUGCUGCCAUAAUCUCAUCCUCAUUCCUCAUCUUCCUCGUCCUCGCAGGAGUUUACACUCAAUACGUUGUGUAUCCAAUUGAUAAAAACACCAGUAAGGUCUAUUCCAACAGCAAGAAAGGCGCAAUGAACAUGAUGAUCAUAUACUUCUCCAUAGUGAUAGCAGCCAGUGGAGCAUUCUUGUGGAACAAGAAACAGAAUGCCAAGGAAGCAAAACAGAUUCUGAACAUGGAGAAUAGAUCAUCAUCCAACUCAUUGUUUGGUGGAGAGGACAUAGAAAUGGAGACCCUCCCAGUACUGCAAUCAACCAUCAAAUCCAUGAAUGUGCAUUAUGGUCAGAGGCCUGACCUAGAGAGAAUAUUGCUGGGGACGAAAGAAGCAAGCGUUGGAGCACUUGUGAGCGGGCCAAAGGAGAUGAGAGAGAGUGUUGCAGCGAUAUGCUCCUCUAGCCUGGCACGAAAUCUCCAUUUUGAGGCCAUCAGCUUCACUUGGUGACUCUCUGAUUUUGUUGCGAUUGAUUACUGCAGUAAUGCAAUGCAAUAGGUCGAUCAAUAUAUCUACACACACAUGACACAUCCAUAUAUAUAUAUAUCUAUAAUCCAUCGGCUGCUUGCUUAGGCCUUGGAUUGGCUUUUCGUUAUAAUGGGCUCGAAGUUGACCCAGUCUAUAUGUAUUCUGUGGGCUUCGAUCCAUCAAAACAGAACGGCUCGGACCAGAUGGGCCCAAAAAUAGAAAGAAAUAAAUUAGUUUUAUAUUUUAUACACAA